AUGGAAUGGUGCAACCAAAGUACUUCCAUUAAAUACCUUUUCAAAUAUAUCAACAAAGGUUCGGACCGUAUUUCUGCAAUCAUACAAGGUCAGGACAAAAACAACGUUGACGAGAUCAAGCAAUAUUUGGAUUGUCGAUACAUCUCCCCAAGUGAAGCAUGUUGGAGGAUCUUUUCUUAUUCUAUACAUGGAAGGAAGCCCGCUGUAGAGAGACUGUUUUUUCAUAUGGAAGGUGAAAACUCCGUGUACUACAAAGACUACGAGCAAGUUGGUGAUGUUUUACUCAAACCAAGUGUAACCGAGUCAAUGUUUACAUCUUGGUUUGAGGCAAACAAAACUUACGAGGAAGCAAGAUUGCUAACUUAUGGUGACUUCGUUUCUAAAUUUGUUUAUCAUAAAAGAAGUCGGACUUGGAAGCCAAGGAAAAGAGGAUAUACCAUUGGUCGACUCAUUUGGGUUCCUCGAAGCACUAGUGAAUUGUUUUAUUUAAGAAUGAUGCUCACUGUCACAAAGGGUCCUUUGUGCUAUAAAGACAUUAAGAAAGUUGAUGGAAAACAACUUAAAACUUUUAGGGACGCUUGCUUUGCGAUGGGAUUUCUACAAGAUGAUCGAGAAUUUGUCGAGGCAAUCAAAGAGGCACAUCUUUGGGGUUCUGGUCCAUUUUUAUGCAAGUUAUUUGUGACAAUGUUGUUAUCUUCUUCCAUGAACAGACCGGAACAUGUGUGGAGAAAGACUUGGAUGUAUUUAUCAGAUGGCAUUCUCUAUGAGCAACGCUUAUUCACAAGAAAUCAAGGUCUGACAAUGAGCGAUGCCGAGCUCAAAGAAAGGACACUUAUGGCCAUUGAGACACUUUUACAAAAUAAUAAUCGAACUCUUAAAGACUUCAAGACAAUGCCAUAUCCAAAAGAUUUUGUCGUCUCCUUUACUGGAAAUAGGCUACUUUACGAUGAACUUCAAUAUGAAGUUGUUGCUCAAAAACAAAUUUUUGAUACUUUGUAUGCUUCUCUUACAGGUAAGUAG